CGCUCGGUCGCAUCCGCCUCUGAACUCGCUCCACACCCAAUCGGCCGUCAACCUCAGGCUGCCCCCUCACUCCGAGCCCCUUCAACUCGCUCUCAUUCUCCCCUUCCACCUCUCACUGCUCCCGACAACGACAUCCCAACCUCGCCAUUCUCUCUUGACUUCCCUCCCACCGCCCUCUCCUCUCCACGCCGGUCUCCUGCAUCUUUCGACGCGCCUCUACCCGGUCAAUUCCCUCUCCCUUUCCCACUGUCACCCCCCAAUUGCCGCCUUCCAUUUCCCAGGGGUUCCGUAUCAUGGCAGCCGAUAUGAGCGGCGAACAGAUGCAAGCUAAGAUUACCGCCGCCAGGCGCGAAGCCGAAGGACUGAAGGAUAAGAUCAGACGCCGGAAGGAUGACCUUGCUGACACAAACCUGCGUGAUGUCGCGCAGAACCAAACCGACCCCUUGCCUCGCAUUGGAAUGAAGCCUCGGCGAACGCUCAAAGGUCACUUGGCCAAGAUUUAUGCCAUGCACUGGUCAACUGACCGUCGCCAUCUCGUUUCCGCCUCGCAAGAUGGAAAACUCAUCAUCUGGGAUGCAUACACCACGAACAAGGUACACGCUAUCCCAUUGAGAUCAUCAUGGGUCAUGACCUGCGCCUACGCCCCCAGUGGAAACUAUGUUGCUUGCGGUGGUCUGGACAACAUUUGCUCCAUUUACAACCUUUCCUCUCGAGAGGGCCCAACUCGUGUCGCGCGCGAACUCUCUGGACAUUCGGGCUAUCUUUCAUGCUGCCGUUUCAUUAACGAUCGUCGCAUCAUCACCUCUUCCGGCGAUAUGACUUGCAUGCUCUGGGAUAUCGAGUCUGGCUCCAAGGUCACCGAAUUCGCGGAUCACCUCGGUGACGUUAUGUCUAUCAGCAUCAACCCUACUAACCAGAACAUCUUUGUUUCGGGUGCCUGUGAUGCUUUUGCCAAGCUUUGGGAUAUCCGUACUGGAAAGGCCGUCCAGACUUUCGCUGGCCACGAAUCCGAUAUCAACGCUAUCCAAUUCUUCCCAGACGGCAACGCUUUCGGUACGGGUUCUGAUGACACUUCUUGCCGUCUUUUCGACAUUCGCGCAGACAGGUCGCUCAACAUCUACCAGAGCGAUCAAAUAUUGUGCGGUAUUACGUCAGUUGGCUUCUCGGUUUCAGGAAGAUUGCUUUUUGCUGGUUAUGAUGACUUUGAAUGCAAGGUUUGGGAUGUUCUCCGAGGAGACAAGGUUGGGUCUUUAAGUGGCCACGAGAACCGUGUCAGCUGUCUUGGUGUCAGCAAUGAUGGUAUCAGUCUCUGCACAGGGUCUUGGGACUCACUGCUCAAGGUCUGGGCCUGGUAAACGGCUGAAAUAUGAAAAAACAAAAAUACCACGACAAAAGAUACCCUGUCUCAGUCUUCUGCGACUUUCCUAGUUUGAAAUUUUUUUUUCCGCCCACCGAUAGGCCGGAUGUCCGCAUUGUACGAUAAUCUUGUUUGUCGAGGAACCACUUGAUCGCCGUCUUUCGUGGCUCAACUGCAGUGGGUGCGGAUUGAAUCACCAUGAAGAAGCGAUGGCUGAGAAGGAUGUGAUUCAGUCGUCUCGUACCUGAAAUUGGUUGAUUACGAAAACCGGAGAAAUCGAAAAAAAAGAAAACACAAUCUUAUGCACCGGUUUGUACUAAUGUUGUCUUCUCUAUGGAUGGUUGCAGGGGCUCCGACUCGGUGUCUGAAAUGACGCG